UACUCCAGCCGAAAAUUGAAAACAACUUGUUUUUGUUCGGCGUAAUUUAUUUUUGUUAUGAAGACUACAACACAAAAUAUAUUUCAACUUACAAAUAUGCGCACACAUGAAUAACUUUUAUCUGAAUGAAUGUGGUAUGCCGGCGCUGAAAGGGGUACACUAUUCGUAGGUAAUUGGAUGUUAAACAGAUUAAAUGAGAGUGUCUAAAUUAUAAUAACAUUUUCACAGUCAGAUAACAGUCAUCAACAUGUCUAAUAUACAAUGUUUGUGUGGACUCGUUAUAGAAGGCAAAGAUUUAACAGUACCUUUGAAGGAGUCAAAAAUCAAUGCCACAGUCCAGGGAUUUAUAGCCAAUGUAGAGAGUCAGCUGACCUACAUCAAUGAGACCACCGAAGCGUUACAGACAAGGUUUAUCUUUCCUUUGGAUGACAUGUCAGCUGUUUACAAGUUUGAGGCAUAUGUCAACAAAAAGCACAUUAUAGCAGAAUGUAAAGAUAAAGAAGAGGCUAAAAAAACAUAUAAAGAGGCAAUAUCAAGUGGCCACACUGCCUUGUUUAUGUCUGAGGCAGAUACUGCUGGUGAUACAUUUGAAUGUAAACUUGGCAACUUGCCAGCUGGGGAGAGUGCAGUCUUAACAUUGUCCUAUGUUGUAGAACUGUCUGUAGAACCAGAUGGGAAGUUGAGAUUUAUUUUACCAACAGUGCUGAAUCCAAGAUAUUCACCAGAAGUUGGAAAUGUUAUUGAAGCAGGCAGUGAAUCUACUCCUAACCAGGUGGACAUAGGAACUCCUUGUAAACUGACUUUUAGUGCUUCAAUCUCUGGUUGCUACAAUGUGGAAUCCAUUACCAGUCCUAUAGACAAACUAAAUGUCAAAAUCAGUGAUGAUAAAUUAUCAGCUUCUGUGGAUCUGGCAGAAUUGUUCCGGUUUGACCAUGAUUUAACAAUGGAUAUUAAGUAUGAAAACAUCAACAAACCACAAGUCAUUUUAGAGCCAGGAAAUAUAGAAAAAGAUGGUUUCCUGAAAGAAGAUAUUUUAAUGGUCAACUUCUGUCCUGAUAUUAAGCAAGGAACACAUACAGAAAAUAGCCAGAGAGAGUUCAUAUUUGUCAUUGACAGAUCUGGCAGUAUGCAUGGAAAUAGAAUAGAAAAGGCCAAAGAGACUUUGUUAUUGUUGUUGAAGAGUUUACCUGUGGGUUGUAUGUUUAAUGUGGUUUCGUUUGGUAGUGAUCACAGCUUUUUGUUCAAAAAAAGUGAGAUAUACAGUGAAAAAACAUUACAGAAAGCUCUUGGUGUUCAGUCAAAAAUGGAUGCUGAUAUGGGAGGAACAGAAAUAUUAAAGCCUCUUAAAAAGAUUUAUAGUGAAACCUGUAAGCAUGGAUACCCACGUCAGAUAUUUUUGUUGACAGACGGUGAAGUGGGUAACACAUCUGAAGUAAUUUCACUAGUCAGCAGUCAUAAGAAAAAUACAAGAGUUUUUACAUUUGGCAUUGGAGAUGGAGUUUCCACUAGUUUGAUAAAGAAUGUAGCCAAAGCUAGCAGAGGAAAAGCAGUUUUUAUCAAAGAUAAUGAUAACAUGAAAGCAAAGGUUAUAUCUGCAAUGAAGUCAUCCCUAACUGACUGUUUACAUGAUGUAAACCUGAAUUGGGAACUGCCUGAAUGCUUUACAGCUACUACCAUUCCAGUGGAACCACCUGUUAUAUUCAGUGGAGACAAUGUUGUAUUGUUUGCAGUGUUGAAAUCAUCAGAUAGUAAAGUAGAUGUUUCCGGCUCUUUGAACUUGACAGGAACACUAGGAGGAAACAGUGUAUCUUAUCAGAUGAAGAUUGAAAGUGCAAGAUCUCCACACGUAGAUCUACCAUUACAUCGUGUGGCUGCAAAAUACCAGAUUAAAGAACUAGAAAUUGAGGAAAGUAACUCUGAUUUUGAUGAUGGGCAAUCUGGAAAAGAAAAAGAAAAGAUUAUUUUAUUCAGUCAAGCAGCAAACAUUAUUUCCAAAUACACAGCAUUUGUUGGUGUGGAUCAAGAUACUAAAGUACCUGUAACAUUGAUUAAGGAAGUUAACUAUCAGAGUGCAUAUAUGGAUAUGGGGCCUCCAAUGAUGCAAUGUUGUAUGGCUGAUAUAGACGUCUGUUUAGACAGGGGUGAAAUGCUUGCUGAUCUAGAAUGCAAAUCAGUUGAACUGGAAUCUGGUGCAAGUACAUUUAUGGCACGUGCAACAAAGUAUGGUCAGCCAAGGUGGAAAAGGUUUGUGCCAAGUAUGUCCAGUUUUUCUUGGCCAAGCUUCUUAAAAAAAAAGGCCUCUAAAGAAGAAGCUGCAGUACAUAUUGAAGAAGAACAAGAAGGGCAAGAGGCAGAGGAUGGGGACGACUCAUGUACAGAUUUUUCAUCUAAUCAGUUGACAGGAGAUAAAUUGAUGGACCUUGUAUCACAACAAAAUUUUGACGGAUCCUGGACUCCAACUCAAAGAUUGGCUAAAAUAAUAAACACUACAGAAACAAAUUUGAAAGCAAAAUACAAGGGAAGUGUUUGGUGUACAGCAAUAGUGAUUAUUUUCCUGGAGAUCAAUUUCAGUUAUUGUAAAGCAGAAUGGGAUAUGAUUUGUGACAAGGCAACUCAAUGGCUUACAUCUCAAGACAAGGAUGGGAAAACUGUUGAAGAAAUUUUACAAGAAGUCAAGAAAUCUGACAUUGUCAAAAUAAUGUAAAAUAUAAAUACAAUGGAUGCCAAAUGUGAAAGUGCUAUAAAAUAUCUAUUAAGUAAAUGAAAACCAAAAACUGUGAAAAUAUUACUCAAUUUAAUCAACAAAAUUUUUUUUUUAUCAUGAUGAGCCAAACAUUAGUAGAAAUGGAACAUUCAAGGACUUCAAUUAAUCUGUACUGAGAAGGCAUGUAGCAGAUGCACUAACCUAAA